AUGUUUAAGACAACAUUCUAUACAAUACUCAUUCAACAUUGUUUGGCUGACAUCUUUGCAUUAAUUUUUUAUACUUCCAAACGAUUUGCCUAUGCUGUAAUUCCAUAUUUUGUUUAUAAACAUCAAGACUUCGGUUUUGCAGCAGUUGCUUACGACGGCGUGUUCUGGUUUAUAAUUAUUCGCUGCUAUGGAAUAACUUUAUUGACAGUUCACAGAUACUGUAUAAUUGCAAAGCCAUUUAUGCAGUCGUUGAAACCGUGGAAAAUUGUUUUCCUAUACUGGAUUCCUUCAACAAUUUUCUGCAUAAUAUUUUAUUCAAGUACGGAAAUUAAGUAUGAAUCUCCUGAAAGAAUGGUUUAUGUCAUGAAUCCCAAUAUUAUCAAAAAAUCAACGAAAACCGCGUUUGUCUUCGUUAUCAUUUCUUGCCUUAUUUGUCUUAUUUUCUAUUCACUUAUUUGGAAAUUUAUUAAAACCAGAAGUCAAACAGUACUGAUAUCCUUGCAACGAGAAAUUCGAUUGGCAUUUCAAGUUUGUCUUUCUUUUGUAGCCCAGUUAAUUUUACUACUUUAUCUUGCUUCUUCAUAUUAUUCCGGGGAAAUUGAAGAUAUGGAACUAAUUGUUUUAACAAGAAAAUAUUUUCCACUCGUAUAUGGAACACUUUCAUUUAUAGGACCAUUUACAAUUUUAAUUUUUAACAAUGAUGUGUUUCGGAAAGUUAGAUUUAUGAUAUUCGGGAAGAAAUGGAAAACUCGAAUCGAAGUAUCUGUCGUCACCACAACGAAACGUACCACAGUUUUUCAAAUAGCUGGAAAUUAA